UUUGGUGAUAUUCACUAGCAUUUAAGUUGGUUAAUAUUGAAAUAUUUAAUGCUACUAAUAAUAACAAAUAAUGGAUAUAAUCCAGCUAAAGUAUAUAAUGGUUAAUUUCUUAUUUCUUUUUGUUUUACAAUUAUUUCAAGAGCGUGUUAUCCCCAGCUAAAGCAGAGACGAAAUUUAAUCAGGGUAAGACGUUCGUGUUUGCAUUUCAUAAGAAAUUGAUUUAAUGAAUACAUUAUUUUUAAUCAGUAUUUCACACAGAGGGCCAUCACAUGUCAUAGCCUUGGUGCCGACGCACCUCUAUUAACAACAUACGUAAUACGUAUGGUUGCUCAUGGAACAAGUAUUAAAGGUACAUUGCCAAAAGAAUACCACAUGGAACAGCUAAUAGAACUUGGAACAAGAGAUAAAAAAAAAAAAUCUCACUAACUCAAUGACACUUCACUAUACCAAGCACUACCUAACCUUGUAGGGUCAGUGGAAAACCUCCAUUAUCCUACUAUUUCUUGGUUUUUUAAUUAUGCAUUUUUAAGUUUUUAUUCUGAAUCUUCUAUAAGGACAAUCAUCAUCAAAUGUUGAUGCCAGAAACCUGAAAAUGGAAUCAGAUACCAAAGAGCAGACACAGGCACAAUCGAUAGAAGAGGUCCCUGAAAACAUCGCUACUAAAGUCCAGGAGCGUAUAAAAGAACUCAAGUUCACAAAAGGAGAUGCGAUGCAAGAAUUGCAAAAAUCUGGCAACGAUUUCAUUAUGAGCAUCUGGGACUUCGGAGGCCAGCCAAUAUAUCAUGUGAUCCAACGAAUUUUUAUGGUAUCUUUUGCCAUUGUUUGUGUGGUAUUUAACCUAGAAGAUGAUCUUGAUGCCCCUGCUAAAGUUAGGGAUCCAACCACUGGUGAUAUAUACGAACAUCGAAUGACAAACCUUGAGUUCAUUCUGUACUGGAUUCGUUCAGUAUAUACAAACAGUAGGGAUUCAAAAUUGGAAGAUGGACAACCUUCACCACCAGUACUAGUGAUUGGUACUCACCUAGGCAGCCUCGAGGGGAAUGAAGAGGAACAGAAAAGAAAAGUAAACAACUACGUCAUACACCAAGUCAACAAUAAAACAGUAUAAAGUACUGUAACAUAU